GGAAGUGCACCUUUGCCCAGAAGGCGAUGCAAGCGCAGAAAGCAGGAGCCAAGCUGCUGAUCGUGGCCAUGCGCGCCUCCGCGGUGACCAUGGGCUUGGCCGAGUCCGGGCGUCCGCCGCGUUUGCCGGCGGUGGGCAUCUCCAAGUCCUCAGAGGACAAGAUCAUCGCGGAGCUAGACAAGGGCGCCAAGCUCACAGCAUCCUGCUGGAAAAGGCAGGAGAACGUCUUCGGGGACGUGGUGAGCGAGGUGUGCGUGGGCCUGCUGGCGGUAGGUCUGGUGGCCCUUGGCGCGUGGUACGGCGUGGAGGACUUGCGGUCUCCGUCCACCGCGCAGCCGGGCCAGAACAGGGAAGAAAUCGUGGCUGUGGAGGAGUCUUCGGGGCUGCACUUUGUGCUCUUCGGCUCUGUGCUGCUCACCGUCUUGUACUUCUUCAUGAAGUACUUGAUCUGGGUGCUCUUAGUGAUCUUUGCCACUGGCGCCGUGUCGGCCACGGCGGUGCUCUUAGAACCCGCCUUCGCCUCGUGCCUGCCCCACCUGCGCCGGAAGAAGGCAUGCUCCAUCCCCCGCAGCUGGGCCAAUCUGAUCGGCGUGGACCAGGACCAUACCUGGACCGAGGCCUUUUCCGAGGCCGUGGGGGUGGCGCUGGCAGUGAGCUUCCUGAUCUGGCGCAACAACGAGACCGUAGGCUGGCUCUUUCAGGACAUCAUCGCCAUCACCUUCCUGAUCUCGGUGCAGAGAUCCGUGCGAUUGCCCAACCUCAAGGUGGCGGUGCUGCUACUGAUCUGCACCUUCUUCUUCGACAUCUUCUGGGUCUUCCUGUCCCCGAUGUUCUUCAAGAAGUCGGUGAUGAUCGAGGUGGCGACGGGCGGCGGCACGGGCCAAGCCGUGCCCAUGGUCUUGAAGAUCCCCGCGCUGCAGGGCGACCUGCCGGGCCAGUUCAAGAUCCUGGGCCUGGGCGAUGUGGCGCUGCCCGGCCUGCUAGUGACACUCUGCCUGCGACAUGACCUGACCCGGCGCCACAGGCGGUGUGGCGGGUACUUCUUGGCUGGGGUCAUUGGCUACGGCAUCGGCUUGCUGGCGACCUUCGCGUCGCUGUACUUGAUGCAGUCGGGCCAGCCCGCUCUGCUCUUCCUUGUCCCUGGCACGCUGGUGCCGACCUGCCUCAUCGCGCUCCGGAAGGGCGAGUUCAGAGAGCUCUGGUCUGCCGAUUACGGGCCAGGCGAGGAGGCGGCGCAGGCUUCACCGGACGUGGAGAAGUCCGCGUGAUGCGAAGCAAAUCGCAUUCAGUUUGGGAACCCCAGAGUAACAAACUCCCGGUUGAC